GCAGCAUUUGACAGCAUUUGUAGCACUUCUACAUAUCUCAUUGCGCUGUACUCGCGAGCGUGAUGCGACCACCAUUAUGACGGAUUAGCACGUCCCCGUGCACAUCACGCUCCCCCACCCUCGAGGAUAGGACAGCCUCCCGCAAUCAUCAUGGCCUCCUUUCGAAAUGGCUACUUGAACGGCAGUGGUGAUUCACCUCUGAUGCGCUUCAACUUCGACAACGACAGCAGCAGAGACAACAGCGACGCCGAAAGGAGUCGAUCGCGCGGCGCGCCCCCGCCCAAAGGCUUCCAUACGGGAGCAGCACGCGUCCGGGGAAUAGGUCGAGGCGGGCUGGAUCGCGGCCACGCACAGCGACGGAGCCGAGACUAUGACCAGAGCCAGAGUCGCAGCAGGAGUCGAACAGCUGCACGAUAUGGCUCUGCGAGUGGCCAAGUGGAUGACAUCCUUCGCUUUAUCGAGCAGCAAUGGUCCUUCAUGGCCACCGACAACUGCAUACCCGUCAAGGUCGCCCUGCAGCUGAUGGACAACUCUUCCCUCGGUCUCGCAGAUCAGUCCCAGCAAUUUGGCGAGGCGCAUACGCAGCUGCAGAAUGCGCUCAAAGUUAUAGUAAAUGAGCACCACCAAGGAUUCAAUAGCAGUAUCGGUACUUUCCACAAGAUCCAGGCGGCUAUACAUAGCUCGCAAGUUCGAGUGCGUAACCUCCGAGCCGGCUUGGUGCAAGCGAAGAGUAGUUUGGCCACUACCAGACCUGAGCUCAGGGCGUUUGCGCACAGCAGUCAAAGCUAUGAUCAGAUGUUGCAAGUUCUCGGGACGAUCGAGCAGUUGCAGCAAGUGCCCGAGAAGCUCGAGACCCAGAUAUCGGAGAAGCGCUUCCUGGGCGCCGCGGACACACUGCAGGAUGCGCUCAAGCUGAUGCGCAAGCCGGAUAUGGAGGAGAUUGGUGCUUUGAGUGAUCUCAAGGUGUACUUGAGCAACCAAGAGCAUUCCCUCACAGAUAUCCUCAUCGAAGAGCUGCAUAACCAUCUAUAUCUGAAGAGUCCGUACUGCGAGGAGAGGUGGAAAGCGCACACCCGGCAAGACCCCACCAGCACGACCAUCGAUGAUGGCGAGCGCGCCAUGUUCGAGUUCCUCGACAGCUUCGACGCGACCAAGCCCAUGCUGGAGGACACGACUAGGAAUCCUGAAGCAGAUACCUUCUACUACAUCCAACUUCUCGUAGAGUCCCUCAAUCGUAUGAACAGAUUGGAAAAUGCAGUAGAUGCAAUUGAACACCGCCUACCUGUCGAGCUCUUCACUGUCGUAGAGCGAUCUCACAUGGAAGUCGAGCAACGGCAUCCUGCUGUCAUGCGCUCCGCGGCGAAGCUACAAAGAAACGCCAUGGGAAUCACCUGGGGAGCAGACGGAGAGCGCAAGGAAACUCUGGAAGACUUGCUCACGACGUUGUACGCCAAAUACGAGGCCAUCGCGGAAGGGCAUCGUGUCUUUCACGACGUAAUGGCAGCCAUUAUUGAACGGGACGAUCAUGACGAAUCAGCUGGCUUGAAUCGAAGCUUCCGUGAGCUUUGGAAGCUACUGCAGAGCGAGAUAAGGUCCCUUCUUCAUGAUCAUCUGGCCACGAAUGGCAACCUGGGACAGAGGACGCGGCAGGAAAAUGACCCUAACAUGAACAUAUUCCAUCAGCAGCCUCGCGACAGAAGCCGAAGAUUGUUCAAGCUAUCGGAGGCCGACAAUAAGUCAACUGAGCUUGCCACAGAAAGGGACGACCUCGAAGCGAUUCUCAAGCAAUCUGUUCCUGGUCUUGUUGGCAGCAACGCACAGAAUGCCAAGCAGGACCGUAACACCGUCACAGACAUAUCAGCGACCGGACACAAGCUGCUUGUUGAGCCUAGUGUGUUCAAUAUGGGUAUUCUGCUCAAGCCGUCUCUAGACUUUCUCACAAGACUGCGCGGAGUCGUACCACCACAGUCUGGCGUGGUACCCAGUACAUUGACUUCCUUCCUCGACGACUUUCUGAUCAAUGUCUUCUAUCCCCAGCUGGACGAGACAUUACUCGACUUGUGCGAGAGGAACAUGACCGAGAUGGACGCGUUCCAAACAGACCCAAAAUGGCAAUCCCUUGCGCAACGACCGAUCUUCAAAGGGACCACUCGCUUUUACGAGCUCAUCGAAGCAUUUUGCAUUAUGCUUGACAGUUUACCGCAUGAUCAAAGUUUCAGCCAGCUUAUCGUCACCCAGAUGCGGACAUACUAUGACAAAUGCUACCAGUGGUCUAGGGGCCUUCUGCAGCGUGCUCUCGUCGAGAAUGGCAACACCAAGAUGAGGUUAGCAGCACAUCUUGCGACUGAUGGGGAGGUCAACAAAGUUGUCAUCGAACUUUCGAGAAAGGAUGUCAACGACCCGAUUGUGCUGGCUGAGAAGGAGACCGCUCUUCUGCUUCGUCAGGUCAAGAACACGCGGCUCGAAGAAGCAGACCUGAUCGUUGACCGAAAAGCUAUAUCUGCGCUAUGCACCUUGCACACCAGUAUGAAGUGGCUGUCUGCACAGUGCAAGCAAUUGCGCUAUGUCUCUCCUCGUGCGAUCGACACAUCGAGCAUGCAGGCUCAUGAACGCAGGCGAUGGACGCAGAUCUCCAUUGCCGGUUCAGCACCGAACGGACCCUACCUACCACUGGACCAGCAGACUGCAGCGGGGUUCGACGCUGUCAUCGCCUCUUUCACGGAAGUGGCAUCACUCAUACUUCGAACUUUGCACAUCGACCUUCGCCUGCAUCUCUUGCAUGGCAUAUAUACUGCGCUAGACACCACUUACGCUCUAGGCCAGCCCUACAACGACCCCGACCCCGCCAUAUUGCAUCUAUCUGCAAGUCUGGGAACUUACGACAGCGCUAUAUCGGCGAAUUUACUGCCUCCCCAGUACAACUUCUUGACAGCCAACCUGCAUGUACUGGCGAACAAUGCGCUAGUAUCACUUGUUGGCUGCGUGCAAGCACUUGAUGAGUAUGGUCUCGACAGAAUGGGUCUGAAUAUCCUAGUAUUGCAGCAGACUCUCAAAGCUUCAAUGCAACAGGACGCAAGCUUGAAGUAUGCUGCGAGAUUCUACGAAAUGCGUGAACCUGCGACUAUUGCUGCUGCGGGCACGCAGAGUGGAUAUGCGCCGGAGGACCUCAAGACUUUGGCACGAUUAGUAUGGGUUGAAAAGCGAGAUCGUGGAAGUGGAAAUGGAACCCUGGAUGAGCUCGUAGCUAACAUUGGAUAGUCGUUUGUUGCUGCUUGAGAAGUUGUUCUGGCAAUAAAGGAAAGUUGUGUUAGCUAACUUUGGCGAAUUUCAGACAUUGUCCUUC